AUGUCUUCUGAUGAUCUGGUUAUCCCAAAGGGCUCCCUCGUCGUCGUGACGGGAGCUAAUGGCUUUAUUGGCAGCCAUGUGGUCGAUCAGCUACUCCAACACGGGUACAAUGUCCGAGGCACUGUGAGAAACGUCGCGAAAAACUCGUGGUUGAAUGAUUACUUCAGUGCAAAAUAUGGCCCGGGACGAUUCUCUCUCGCCGAAGUUCCUGAUAUGUCCCAUGAAGGUGCGUUCGACGAGGUCGUCAAGGGCGCAGCUGGUAUAGCCCACGUGGCAACACCUGUGAGGCAAUUUCACGACCCCAAUAUCGCCGUUCCUAUGGUCGUCAACGGAACCCUCAACGUACUGGCCUCUGCCGCGGCCGAGCCCUCGAUGCGCCGUGUUGUUAUCACCUCGUCUUCGACAGCAGCCGCCAGUCCACAGCCGAACAAGGUGUUCACUAUGGAUGAGAAGACUUGGAAUGAAACAGCUGUCAAAGCUGCCUGGGCACCCCCUCCUUACGAAGGGUUGCAGCGACGCCUGGAUGUCUACUCUGCCACUAAAACACAAGCUGAACAAGCCGCGUGGAAGUUCAUGGAGGAUAAGAAGCCGGACUUCGUCCUGAACACUGUACUCCCGAAUGUCAACAUGGGCACCAUUCUCUCCCCCGAAAAUCAGGGCUAUCCCAGCAGCGGCGGCUGGGUCAAGGCUGUAUGGGAUGGAUUCCCGGGUGAGGAAGGGGAGAAGCUCAAGUACAACCCGCCACAGUACUAUGUCAAUGUCCAGGAUGACGCACUUGUUCAUGUUGCUGCUCUAAUUUAUCCGGAUGUACAGAAUGAGCGACUCUUCGCAUUUGCACACCCCUAUUCGUGGAACGACAUCCUAGAUGCCCUGCGACGACUGUAUCCUCAGCAGAAGUUCAUCGACGACAUCCCGAAUAUUGGCGAAGAUAAGAGCAAGGUCGCUAACCAGAGAGCGGAGGAACUGUUGAAGAGAGUCUCGGGUCUCCCUGCUUGGACAAGCCUGGAGCAGUCGGUCCACGAUGCCACUAAGGCUUGGGUAUAG